UUUCACUUCCCUAAAGAUCCGUUUUUUCCAUCAUUUCUGACAAAAGGCCAAAGACAAUUAUUUGCCAGCAGCAAACAGUUCAUUUUAUUCAGUCACUUUUUCCCUAAAUUGCAUUUGAAUCUGCUCUAAAAAAAAAACGAAAAAAAACAGGUAGGCUGUUACUGUAAUUACUAUUUUGUCAGAUAUCUGAACUUCUAAAACUCUCUUACUCUUAAAAAGCUUAAUAAUGUCAGCCUCCAUGAGCUCAUCUAAAAUGGGACUCCUGUUCUCUCAAGUGCUUUUUAUGGCUGUCGCCUUCCUCGUCUUGUCGGCUCAAAUGACUUCGGCCGCCCGAAUGAGACCCGAGAAGAGAUACCUAAUGAACUUUAGAGCACCCAACUUCGAAGACCAGCUCGCUGCUCUGUUCGAGAAUCCAGUAGAGCCUGUCUUCAGCCAACCUCAGAGAGGUCCAGUAGUUUCCAACAGUCCAUCUUCAUCAGCCUCCAAACUGAGGGCCAACAUGUGCAUGAAUUACAUCACAGGAGACUUCUUUGACUGCUGACCAAAAUGAACUCGUUGCUAAGUUCUAAAUGAGCCACCAGUAACCUGAAUCAAAAAUCUAAUGCUACAAACCAAAUUUCUUUCAUAGUGAAAUGAAAUUCGAGAUGACUGAUUAUAAUAAUCGCACUAAAUAUUAAUUGUAAAUCCUUCUUCUAUGGGCAAAUGCAGAAAAAGCUUGAAAAGAGUCAAAUUGUAAUGUUGAAUAUUUA